AUGGGUGUUUUCACAUAUGAGAAUGGUACCACCUCAACUGUGCCUGCUGCCAAGCUCUACAAAGCUCUGGUGCAUGACGCUGAUGUCAUCGUUCCAAAGGUUGUUGAUUCAAUCAAGACUGUUGAGAUCGUUGAAGGAAACGGUGGUCCAGGCACUAUCAAGAAGUUCACUUUCGUUGAUGGAGGACAAACCAUGUACGUCUUGCACGAAAUUGAAGCCAUUGAUGAUGUAAAGUUGGAAUAUAGUUACAGUAUAGUUGGAGGAGUCGGUAUAUCCGACAUAGUUGAGAAGAUAUCAUUUGAGGCCAAAUUGGUUGAAGGUCCAAAUGGAGGAUCUGUUGGGAAGAUGACUGUUAAGUAUCAUACCAAAGGAGAUGCUAAGCCUGUUGAAAAGGAGGUUGAAGAAGGCAAAGCUAAGGCUGAUGCUCUUUUCAGAGCCAUUGAGGGUUAUGUUUUGGGCAAAUCCAAUUUUGGCCAAUCCAACCUACAGCUGAUACUAUAUAUCAUCAUGGUCCUUUGCUACCUAGGUUUGUUGGUGUUUUCUAAUUAG